AAUAGGAAGAUUUUUCCAGGCCAGUGGAAUGUAUGUCGGUUUUUGUUGUGUGAGGUCAUUGCAUUGGACAUCUGCUCAUCAUAUCAUUUAGUAGCCAUCACCAUCAAUCGAUACAUCGCCAUUGUGAGCCAAUUACGUUAUCACGUCUACGUCACGACAAGGUCAACUAAAUACGUCAUAAUAUUUAUCUGGGUCAUGUCGCAAGGUGUCUGUGUAAUAAUGUUUACACUCUAUAAUCCAGAGGAAUACAUUCUGAGACAGGAAUCCUCAUGUCGGUUCGAGCUCAUCUUCUCCCUGGCUCACAUGUGUGUCUACUUCAUUUUUCAACUGAUUCUGCCACUUCUAUUUAUGAUUCCUAUGUACGCUAGAAUUGCUAAUAUUGCUAGAACACAGGCAAAGGCUAUAGCAAUUCUGAAACGACUUCCAUGGCAUAAAGACAGGGCAUGUUGUUUCCACAUCAACAAUCAUGAAUUGAAGUCAACAUUUAUGGUCUCCAUUCUAUUAGUGUCCUACACAGUUGCAUGGGUGCCUUUUAUGACAUACUCCUUUUACCGAAUACAGUGUGUUCAGGAUUGCUACUUCAGUCCUUUUAUACGGUACUACAUGUACUAUUACUAUUACCCAUCCACCACCUACCACUACAAAAGCAGUUGUCUCUGA